AGACGGCGCGAACAGAUCCUGCAGGCUGCAGAGGGUUGGCGUGAGGGGCUCCGGGGUUUUGGGCGGGGCUGAUGGCGUCUCGGGCAGGCCCGCGAGCUGCCGGAACCGACGGCAGUGACUUCCAGCACCGGGAGCGUGUCGCCAAGCAUUACCUGAUGAGUGUGACUCUCAAGUAUGAAAUCAAGAAGCUGAUCUACGUGCAUCUGGUCAUAUGGCUGUUGCUGGUUGCCAAGAUGAGUGUGGGACACCUGAGGCUCUUGUCGCAUGAUCAGGUGGCCAUGCCCUAUCAGUGGGAGUACCCAUAUUUGCUGAGCAUUGUGCCCUCUCUCCUGGGCCUUCUCUCCUUCCCCCGCAACAACAUUAGCUACCUGGUGCUCUCCAUGAUCAGCAUGGGGCUCUUUUCCAUCGCGCCGCUCAUUUAUGGCAGCAUGGAGAUGUUCCCUGCUGCACAGCAGCUCUAUCGCUAUGGGAAGGCCUACCGCUUCCUCUUUGGUUUUUCUGCUGUGUCCGUCAUGUACCUGGUGUUGGUGCUGGCAGUUCAAGUGCAUGCCUGGCAGUUGUACUACAGCAAGAAGCUCCUAGACUCUUGGUUUACCAGCACACAGGAGAAGAAGCGUAAAUGAAGCCUGCCUGGUGGACUGAUCUCUGGGGUGAAGCCUAGCCCUCCCAUUGAGAGGGUAAAGGAGCUGUUCUAAAAUCUUUGGUGUAAUUUUAACAGCUGUGAUGUUGACAACUAGUGCAAAUUAAGCCCAAGUUUGGGAAAGCUGCUACUAUUGUCAUCAGCCGAGUUCGCAAAACUAUAUUUAACUUAUUCCUGGUUGGCUGGAACUGAGUGAAGAACAGCUGUAAAUCACACUUCAGUUAGUUUAAGUUGAAGCCUUUCAGGAUUUUUCUUUUAAGACUGAGUAUCGUCCUCGCCUCUUAGUCAUUCUCUCCAUUUCCAUCCAUUACCUCUUAACCUCCGAGACUGAAGGAGAUGGAGAAUAAACCAAAUUCUUCAAUCUAUGGGUUGUUGGGCAAGAAACAUUUAGGAGGCUGCUUUCCCUGCAGGUUGUCUCUAUUGUGAAUCAUUUUAAUUAAAAAGACCAUCAAUAAAGUUAUAACUGCCCUG